AUGACUGCAAAGGGUCGAUCCCGGGCCUCAACCGCGCAUGAACGUGAGAGUGAAGUUCUUGACAAGAAGAGGUUGAGGAAUCGUCUUUCGCAGCGCGCAUUUCGGCGCCGACAAGCAGAUCGUCUGAGAGAGCUCCUGGAUCAUGCCGACGCCAGUGACAGACCGUACGAUGAAACAGUCCGAGCAUUGCAGGAGGAAAAUAGCAACCUUCGGAGGAAUCUCAUCGAAGUGCAAUCCAAGCUGGCCAGGUUGAUUGUCAAUAUGCAAACGUUAUCAGGCAAUGUAUCGACGGCUCUUGGUGAAUCUCCUCAGAACGAUCAUGACAGCAUUUCCAGCGAGCACCAAUCGCAACCUGUUUCUAGUAUUGUCAGCAAUAUGCCCCAAAAACUUCCAUCAAAAGAGGCGAAGAACGGUUCUCCUGUGAUGGAAGUUUCGCGCCCGAGGAACUUACAACCAGCACCAUGCAACUAUUCCCAAUUCGAUGACCUUCUGACAAGCCCUGCACCCUCCCUUGAAAACCUUUUCGAGAGUGCUUGUCCGUCAUCUCAGUCCCCAGAAAUGAACUUGGCUGCAAGUUUUAACACUCUUGCUCAGCAACUACCGAGCAUUUGGUCCUUUGAAUAUCAAAUGGGCACCGAGCCGUACGCGAACGCCCUGACUGGAAGCGAGGAUUCCUGCAUUACUCGUGGUCGCAACUGGAUGGAGACAAAUUCUCCAUUCUCCGACCAUAUUCAAACCCUCCAGCGACUGUUGAAAGGAAAGGUGGAGAGGAUCAGCCCCUCUUCGGCGCUUAAUAUCAAUUUCUUCUACCAUGAGGUCCUCAUGGUCUUGUCCUUGUUCAAUAGCAUGACUCGGCCAGAUGUCAUGCGCUGGUAUGCGAAAACGAGAUUCUACCAUAUCGUCAACUUGACGGCCUGGCAAAUCUACCCCUGCACACAUACCUAUAACGAGAUUCAUCCGCAAUAUCGCCCAACAAAUCUGCAGUUGCAGUGUCAGUAUCCAAAAGUCAUCGAUUGGAUACCGUUCCCCACUAUACGCGACCGUCUAAUUCAACUCCAUUCGGCAAAUCCUCAGAUCGACCAGAUAUUCUGUGAUGCUGUAAGCAGCUACGUCGUCGAGGCGUGGAUGUCCGACUUGAUCCAAGGUUCCCCUGCGAUCAAGGCGUACAUCCGAGUCACCGAUCUGGUUCCAAAUAUUGAUUUUACGACACCAGCCAGUGAGGAUGACUUGGUCGCUGCUCUUCCAGCACCCGACGUCGCAACUCUCUUCUCCUCGCCAAUUUGUUCAAGGGCCGUUUUUAACCGGCUCAGCAUGAACCGCGGAAUCUCAAACUAUAAGAUUGAUCCUGCCUUCUUCGGCAGCUAUCCAGAACUCUAUGAUCAUAAUUUCGAUGUUGCUGCCAAAGGCAUCCCCUUACGACCAGAUGUUCAGCUUCGAUUGACCUAUCCAAUGCCUCUUGAUUCUCAAACGUACCACACAUAUCGCAACUUCAUUGAUUUUUCUUAUGACGCCCCCAUGUGUACAACAUUGCUUGCUUGUUGA